AGCAGCACCGCCACUAACUUUUACUUUCCUAGGGCUACACUGGGAAGGCAGUGAUAGAUUCCUCUACAGUGAGGGACUGUUAGCGUUUCCGCUUCCGGUGGCGCUCUGCACUUGCCACUGCCUGUGCUUUGUGGUGGCUGCGCCGGAGCGGGAGUGCAUCCUUGUUCGCUGCGCUCUAGUUUUGCAGCCUUUACCGCCGCCGCCAUGAGCCCCGGGCAGACCACGGUCAUUCAGGUUACAAACCUUUCUGCGGCUGUUACAAGCGAUCAAAUGCGGACUCUCUUCUCCUUCCUGGGGGAUAUAGAAGAACUGAGGCUCUAUCCGCCUGACAAUGCUCCUCUUGCAUUUUCCUCCAAAGUUUGUUAUGUUAAGUAUCGCGAGCCUUCGAGCGUCGGCGUGGCCCAGCACCUAACUAACACGGUUUUUAUUGACAGAGCUCUGAUAGUUGUGCCCUGUGCAGAAGGUAAAAUCCCUGAAGAAACUAAGGCGCUUUCUCUUCUGGCUCCUGCUCCAUCAUUGUCAAGCUUGCUUCCUGGGGCUGGCCUGCUGCCCAUUCCGGCACCAACUCCAACCCCUCCUAUUGCAUCUUCCCUUGCUUCGGUGCUGAGAAGAGAGAAAGUUGAAGUACCAUUGCUGAGUGUUCCACUUACCUCACUGGGAGUAAACUUACCCACGCCGCUGGAACCUGUUAUAACAACUUUAGCCCCUGUUCUGCCGGCUCUCACACCAGCCAUACCAGCAGUUGCUGAUCUUCCGCAGCCCCCUCUCAUGGGCAAUGUGGACCCUACGAAAGUUGAUGAAAUUAGGAGGACAAUUUACGUUGGAAACCUUAAUUCCCAGACUACAACGGCAGAGCAGCUGCUCGAGUUUUUUAAACAAGUCGGGGAUGUUCGGUUUGUUCGGAUGGCUGGAGAUGAGACCCAACCCACGCGAUUCGCUUUCGUAGAGUUUUCUGAUCAGAACUCUGUGACGCGAGCUCUUACCUUCAAUGGAGUUAUGUUUGGCGAUCGGCCACUCAAAAUAAAUCACUCAAACAAUGCGAUUGUGAAGCCCCCUGAGAUGACUCCUCAAGCAGCAGCGAAAGAACUGGAGGAAGUGAUGAAGCGAGUAAGAGAAGCACAGUCCUUUAUUUCAGCUGCAAUCGAACCAGAGACAGGAAAGCCAGUGGAGAAGAUUAAACAGGAGCACUCAAAAACUCGUUCGCGGUCCCGCUCCAAGUCACGUUCCAGAAGGAAAAGGUCACGUUCAAAGAACAGAAGCCACUCACGUAACAGAUCCCGUUCCAGGCACAAAGAGCGUCGCAGGUCAAAAAGCCCACAUAAGAAGCGUUCUAAGUCUAAAGAUCGUCGCAAGUCAAAAAGCCGCUCACGCUCCAGGGACAGAAAGAAGGAGAAGGAGUACAAGAGCAAAGGCCGGGAAAAAGAGAAACAGAAAGACAAAUAUGAUAAAAAAAGGAAAGAGAAAAGGUCCAGAAGUCCUUCCAAGAGCAGCUCUUCCAUUAGAAGGUCUCAGAGUGCCAGCAGAGAAAAGCGCAAAAGGAGAAGCAGGAGUCUUUCAAAAUCACCAAGAACUUCCAAAACAUUAAAGAGAUCUUCUAGAUCUCCAUCUCCUAGGAGCAAAAAUAGGAAAGAAAAAAAAAAAGGAAAAGAACGGGACCACAAUGGCAACAGACAUGAAAGGGAGCACUCGGGUUCCCAGAAACGCAGUAAAGUCCAAGAGAGAAAGGAAGCAGCUGAUCAUUACAACACUAAGCUAUCUGAAAAGCAUCACAGUAAAGAUGAACGGAAUAACAUGAAGGAAGUCCUCAGCGACAGCGAUCAAGGGAAUUCACAGCACAAUGGGGACUGUCAAGUUACAGAAGAAAGCCCCCCACAGACAGAGGAAAUGGCAAGUUCAUCAUCCUAGUGAGAACUCGGAGCUAAAAACUAUGGCUCUGUUUAAAAAUGGCGUCCUGCUGGCACUGUUCCGUGUCAGUAUGCGAUGCCCAGAAUAUAAGCUCCUCCGGCACAUCCUUUUCUCUCUAGUAUUGUAUGUUUGCCACAGUGUUGGAUAGCGUCCAGACCUGCUAACAAGUGGGCAGAUGAACUGUUCAUGCUAUCAUAGAAUCCAAAGGCAUUUCCAUUACAUCAGCAGUCAUUACAGAGCGCUUCUUUGCCGGCACAGAUAUCAUCAUUUUCCCUUUGGUGUUUCUUUGUGACUUGGAACACUUGCAGGAAUAACUGGGAAAGAGGUUGUUCCCUUGUUUUAUUUAAUUUUAUGUGUGUUUGUGCACACUCCUCCCUAUUCUGAGCUUUAAUAUCCUUAGGAAUGGUUGGCAGUUGGACACUAAUUAUUGUAUAGCUAAUAAUGUUUUUUUUUGUUUUUUUUUUAACCAAGUAAAUGAAGCAGCCAUAAGCCCUGCAAUGAAUGAGUGCUAUGCUCUCACUCCCCCCCCAACAAGAAGUGCCUGACAGAUUUUGAAUCGCUGUCAGAGGAUGCUGGGAGUUCCAGGCCACGGGUCAGACAUACCUGGCCUAGUCCAAUUUAAAUAUUCAAGGUGCUGUUUUAAAGGAAAAUCAUUGAUAAUGAGCACAUUGAAGCACAAGGGGAAGCUUCAGUGCCUUCUGAAAGUGUUUUACACUAAUUCUUCCUUCGAGGACUUUGUCAUCCUGCCUAAAUCAGUCAUUAAACCCUAACAUAUGUCCGUGCCUCCGCCGUCACUUUAUUGUCUUCAACUUUAGCUCAGCGGUGCCCUACAUGUUCAUUCCAGCAAGUUGUUUUUUUUAAUUUUGCAUAUUAAACCUGGUACAGAAACCUAUCUGAAUUACCAGACAGAUCAGAACACAAAGCAAAGGUAUUUUUGGUGUCCUGCAUGGGAGAUUUUGCAUGGGUGACAAAAUGCCCUGUCACCCUAAGAUGAUAAUGAAGGCACUUUAAAUUUGUAUAUGAAUGUCUAAAUGUCAACUGCCCCAUUACAUUGCCGGAGCGCAGAUUUCUCUAGGUGUUCGUUGGAUUGGAAUCAAUAUGCGGCCUUUGCCAGAUCAUCACCAUUUUGUCCCUGAGCUGCUCCAAUGUUAUUUUGGGCUUGUUUUUCACCUGUCUGGGUAUCUCUCUGGAAUCUACUUCAUUGUUCCAAUACUGGUUUGUACCAACCAAUUCCAGCAAAAUUCACCACAAGGAUCCGCUAACUGUCAGGGCCAGAGCACACUUGUUUCUCUUUCUGUGCAGCUUUUUACAUUGCCUUUCAUACUGUUCAACAUCUUUUUCCUUCCCUACGUCUGUCAGGUGGGGUAAUGUUCUAUAUGUAAUACACAAAAGCCAUAAAUUUCCUGUAAAUUAUAUCCUUAUAAAUGAUGCUUAGUGA